CGUUCGAAAAAUAGCAACAGACUGUUUAGGGCUUGAACCUCAACAAAUGUAUGUUCUUAGGGCCGAUGGUUCACCUGGACAGUCUCUGUGUAGUUUAGGAGUAUAUGUGGAGAGUCCUGGCUUGAUAAGAAUAUAGACAGACGGAUGCGGAGCUCGGUAAAGUUAGUGACUAUUUGAGUAGGAAUGACAACUGGAGUGAAGCAGCUGCCUGUGCAACGGACUCGAUCUCUCCUGACAUCGGGAGACAUGUAUACUCACAAUACAUUGGACAAUGCAUCUCAUCAUUUACCGCCUCUAACAAGCCAGACGGUUGGGGGAGCUCACAGUGCCCAAUACAGCUCCCACGGUGGUGUGAAAGUGCAGCAGUUAUUCGAGGAUCACAAACACCACCAUCAUGUGGAAAAGAGAGAGGCAAUUCAAAAUGGCGACCGCGGUGAAGAGCAGUCAUUUCCAGUGGUUCGACCCAGCUCCAGUGCUGGGAGUACAGGAAGUAAGAGUGGCUCAGCGGCACGAAGGGGCAAUUCUAUGAGCCCAGAAGCUGCUAUGAAACAGUAUAUGCAUAAACUGACUUCUUUUGAGCAUCACGAAAUCUUCAAUUAUCCUUCUAUCUUCUUUGUGGGACCCAAUGCAAAGAAACGUCAAGGGGUUGUUGGCGGGGCAAACAACAAUGGGUAUGACGAUGAAAAUGGUUCUUACGUACAUGUUCCACAUGACCAUAUAGCAUAUCGUUACGAGGUUCUUAAAAUCAUUGGCAAAGGAAGCUUUGGACAAGUCGUAAAAGCUUAUGAUCACAAAACGCAACAGCAUGUUGCGUUAAAAAUGGUACGAAAUGAAAAAAGAUUCCAUCGACAGGCCCAGGAAGAAAUUCGAAUUUUGGAACACUUGAGAAAACAGGACAAGGACAAUGCAAUGAAUAUUGUACAUAUGUAUGAACACUUAACUUUCAGGAACCAUAUAUGCAUAACAUUUGAACUACUUAGCAUGAACUUGUAUGAACUCAUAAAGAAGAACAAAUUCCAGGGAUUUAGUUUGCAGUUAGUUAGAAAAUUUGCCCAUUCUAUUCUGCAGUGUUUGGAUGCACUGUACAAAAAUCGUAUUAUUCAUUGUGAUCUGAAACCAGAGAAUAUUCUGCUGAAACAACAAGGCAGAAGCGGAAUCAAAGUGAUUGACUUUGGAUCCAGUUGCUAUGAGCACCAGAGAAUAUACACCUAUAUUCAGUCUCGUUUUUACCGUGCUCCUGAGGUGAUCUUAGGUGCCAAAUACGGCAUGCCUAUAGACAUGUGGAGUUUGGGCUGUAUACUAGCAGAACUGCUUACAGGAUAUCCGUUGUUUCCUGGUGAAGAUGAAGGGGACCAGUUGGCUUGCAUAAUUGAGAUUUCUGGAAUGCCGCCUCAAAAGCUUUUGGACCAGUCUAAGAGAGCACGAAAUUUCAUAAGCUCUAAAGGGUUUCCACGAUAUUGCUCGGUGACAACUCUACCAGAUGGUUCCACUGUAUUGAAUGGAGGCAGAUCAAGACGAGGAAAAGCAAGAGGUGUACCUGGGUCAAAGGAACUGGUUACUGCUCUCAAGGGCUGUGAUGAUCCCUUGUUUUUAGAUUUCAUGCGCAGGUGUUUAGAAUGGGACCCGGCAACCAGAAUGACACCAACCCAAGCUCUACGCCAUGCCUGGUUACGAAGACGACUACCCAAACCACCACCCACAGAAAAUCGUGAAUCCUCAAGUCGGAGAUCUGGAGCCAGGGGUGCAGCUGGAGGGAAGAUGCAAUCUGCUAGCAGUAAAUCUCGACAAAUCAUUCCAGAGGAUGUGCAGUCCCAGCUAAAUACACGGACUAAACUACCUCAGAUAGGGUCAACCUUAUAGAGCACAACUCCAGCUAAUUCAAGAUUUCUUUUUUGAAACCGUCCACUCUCUGAAAAUAUCUAGGGCAACAGAUUUGUUUGUUUACAGCAUUUUAUAGCACCUGCCACAGUUUUUUGUGGAGGAUUUUAUUUCUCAAAAGAGCACUAUGAAUAUCAUUUUCAACUUUUACUGUGUUUUAAAUAUCUCGUGGAUUUAAUUACUUGAGUCUCUGCAUAAUGCUGUCUCCAUAAUAUACUCUGCAUAUGGAUUUCGGAGCAUUAUCCUUAGUGGGAUGUGAAAUUAUCCUACCAUAAGGUUUAUCAGUUUGAAAUACUCAAAACAGCUAUAUGUACUGUUGUAAUGGAAAUCUGAAAUUCAGUGUGUGGAACACAAUUUGCAAUUUUAGACUCAAUGAACAAUCUGGCAAAGUAGAGUUGCCGGUGGAAGUUGUCAUGCAGAGUUAGGUGUGACAGGUUUUACUGUGAUCAGUUUUAAGAUCACAAAUGUUGAGUGAAAUGCUGGUCUGCCCUGUCACUGUGAUAUGAACUUCAUGUUUUAGGACCAAUGGUUUCCAGAUUGUAUCUAUAGAUAUUUGUGUUUUUAAUGUAAAAUAGUCUGAAGUGAAUGUGUGAAUUACAAGUGUACUAGUUUGGUUUGACAUUAAUGGCAUUUACAAAAUUCUAUAUUCCAGGUAACUCUGAGUUUUGUCUUAAGAAACAAUUAUAUAAAUAUUUCUGCCUGAUAUUUUAAAAAUAUCUUGUUUAUUUAUACAUUCAAUGAAUACACAGAGUUUUUAGUGCUUAACUUGUACGUUACAAAGUUAGGUAUUCUUUCGAAUUAAUGGAACGCAUUUCGACUUUCGACUUGAGCAUCUCUGUGAGAAAAGAGAUACCCACCUUUAAUUUGCUCACAAAUCAUUAUGUAAAGAGAUGUAUGACCCUGCUGACCAGCAGGCUCCAUGUUCAGACUCUGUGUGUGUGUGUUACAGGUUGGUUUACAUUGGUGUCUUGAACCCUAGCAUGAUCCACUCUGUCCAGCACUAGUCUUGGAAGCAGUAUUUGUAUAAUCGCUUUUAUAUAGCCCACCAGAACCUGAUCUUCUGAAGAUAAUCUCAUUUGAGGGGUUGUGAAAGUACAUGCUGUCAAGUAUAUAUCUUUUCUUUUUUUUUUGUGUCUUUGUUUUAUUGUUUCUUUCUUUUUUUUUGUAUAUUUUUAUUAAGAAGGAAAAGAACGAAAAACUACAGUAAUUUUUGGGUCUCGUAUUGCAGGAGAAAGACUAAAUAAUAAUCCAUGCACAUAAUGGCAGCAGAACUCCUUAGAUUUCUAUUCACUACUAGAAUUGUCCUUUAACUGCCUCAAUCCAAUCCCCACCAAUGUAAAUAAAUUUCCAACACAAGCAGUGAAAGGAAUAUUGUAAAUAAUACUGUGAAAACAAAUGCCAAAUGUGAUGAAGUUUUUGUUUAGGCGAAGCCAGGUUUUGUUUUCCAAAGAUUUUUAACUCACAAACGAUGGUUUUACAGUAAUAUGAGUGAAUUGUUUUAGCAAACAAAAUGUAAUGUUUGUGAUAACAGAAUAAUUAAACUGAAUGAUGAC